UCACCGCCCCCUCACCGCCCCGUCAUCGCCCCCUCACCGUCCCGUCACCGGCCGACCCCGCUGCGCCCCGCGGGCGAUGGCGGCCGAGGCGCGGACGGGCUGGCUGGGGUCACGCCGGGCUCCCACCCGGGGGUUCUGUGUGGCCGCAGGGUGCCCUCGGAGCGAUACACGGGGGAGGGCACAGCAGGAAAGGGCCCUCUCCGGGAACCGUCCGUGUCCCUUCCGCCACGUGUAGGAGGGACCAGCGAUCCCGAGCCCUGCCUGCGCGUCUUCCGUGGGACACAUCAUAUUUUCCUUUCUCUUGAAGUAGCCACCAGGCUACUUCUGACUUUACUUUGUUAAUCCAGUGCAGUUUCUGUGUAUUUGAUAAUCCUCUGAGAGCUUCUCUUCAAUGAACUUUCUGUGCGACUUUGGCGCAUUGUAAAAUUCCGGCUUUUGAGGUAUCAAGGCACAAGUCCAGACAUUUAGUAGCUUUCCAGUCUAUUAGAUCAGGACUUCUCAACCUUCAGGCAGGUGGUUGCAGCCCUUUCCAGGUGAUUUUCAUUACGGUUGCACACCACUGGCCAUCUUUUCUCGAUGUGUGCUAUAAACACUGUGGAUGAUGAGCUGCUUGUCUCAAAGACUGACUUGGGCAGCUUGGGAAAAAUGCAGACAACUAGAUUUAACUCCGUUUCAUACUCUCUGUCUUUUGAUCAAGGUUACUCUUAGAAUAAGAUCUUUUCUGAAGUUGCACAUGUGCUUUUUAUAUUCUUGGUAAAAGAUCUAAAGGGCUAACACUGUCCUCUUCUUCCUCCUUCCCAGUGGUGAGCAGCAUGGCUUUCCAGAUUUAUUUCUAUUCCAUGGCCUUUUAGCAGUCUUCCCUAAUGUUUUCUUAUCACCUGUUCUCCACAUGAUCAUAACUACAGGUGAAAUAAAGAAAAUGGACGAUGAUGAUGACAUUCCCCAGCUUUCAUCCCAUACGUUGGCUGCCCUCCAGGAGUUCUAUUUGGAACAGCAGCAGAGAGAGGGCAUGAAGACCUCCCAAGGGUUUAAUCAAUAUUCCAUUGGCUCAAUAGAAGAAGACUGGCAACUGAGCCAGUUUUGGUACAGUGAUGAAACUGCAUCGUGCCUGGCUAAGGAAGCAGUUCUGGCAGCUGGAAAAGGUGGCAGGAUAGCAUGCAUUAGUGCACCAAGUGUGUACCAGAAACUGAAAGAACAGGAUGGUGAGGAUUUUUCCGUGUGUAUACUGGAGUAUGACAGAAGGUUUUCUGUGUAUGGACAAGAGUUUAUCUUCUAUGAUUACAACCACCCUUUGGACUUACCUGAAAAUCUCCUGCCACACAGUUUUGACAUCGUAAUAGCAGAUCCACCCUAUCUGUCUGAGGAGUGUCUUCAAAAGACUGCAGAGACCAUCAAAUACUUAACAAAAGGAAAGAUUCUGCUUUGCACAGGUGCAGUCAUGGAGGAAGAGGCAGCAAAGCAACUUGGUGUGAAGAUGUGCAGGUUUAUUCCAAAACACUCACGAAAUUUAGCCAAUGAAUUUCGAUGCUAUGUGAACUAUGCUUCUGGACUGGACUGAUUCUCCUAAGAUCAUCUACAAAUCUACAACUUCUUCAGUCAAGCUUCUUUCUGUUAACUGUCAGUUAUGCCACAGUUCUCAGGGCUGAAAUAGUCGGCUCUGAGUACUGUUUUCUGGGAUAACUGGAAUCAACACGGUGUGAUAGCCUCUCUCUCUUAAAUGAGUAAGCAUUUGCAGUUACUGUGUUUCAUAUUAGGUAAAUGCAGACCAAGCAAUGCAGGUGCUGGAUAAUGGGAACUUCUUUGUUAGAGUUUCAUUUUAACUGGUAGCUUUUACCAUUUGAGGACACAACAGUGACCUCUUUGAAGUGAUUUUAGCUUAUAACAACACAUAGGUGUUUGCCUUGCAGCCAUCAGAAUCGUCAUUGCCAAAGAACUUGAUACUUCUGUAGUAAUGUGACCCAAACAUGUCCCUUAAAUCUUGAACCAUAAUGGCUCUGAUUAAAUAUAAUGCCUGCAUUUUAAUAAUUUCAGUAUCAAACUAAAGAGGAUCUACAGGUAUGUCAAGUUACAAGAAUGGUUAUGGUAUUUUUUUCCAGUUGCCUGGUUUUAUCUUUUUCUCUUGUUCCACAGACAGCAGCAGAGCAGUAGAAUAGAAGCAUCUUAAAAAUCAUUGAAUCUUACAAAGCCACUGAGGAUUAACAUAUUGAUAAACUCCCACUGUUUCAAAUAGAAACAUGUUAGAUUUUAUAUUCAAGGUUUGGACUAUAUUUCAGUCAAAAUAGAUGAUAAAUUGGAAAAGCGUUGCAUAAGUAGAGAUUUUUGAUAACUGGGAAUUUUAAACUCGGUUUUGACUAACCUUUUGACUACACUACUGAAGUAUUUCUGUGUGGAAAUUAGUUCAUAAAUUUCAAGGCACUCAACACUUUUAUAAUCUCUAAAAACACUCUACAAAACACAAGCACUUGUCUUUGUAUGUCAUACUGUGUAAAGGCUAACAGAAAUGCUGCAUCUACAAAACAAAUCACGUAAAAUCAAGUACUAAAUUUAUUUUGUGGUGGCAAUAAGCCUAAUUAAGCUUGUGAGGUGAGACUUUUUAUAAGGCAGUGAUAAUACUCACGUUUCUGCUGUUUGGAUGCAGAUUUUCCCAUCUGGUGGAGUAAACAGCAGAGCAGGAAUAAUAUAGAUGGAUUAUAAUCCUCUCUCAGUGCUCAGAGAAUGGUGUUGUCUGAGCUGAACACAACAGUGGUUCAUAAAUACCCACCCAAGCCACUCCCCAUUUUCCAAGAGAUCUGUUUGCUUCCUAAGGCUUUUCCCUCCUCACAUUUUAUACCUGCUGCUUCCUCCCUGCAUGUAGUGUUCCUGGGUUCCGUGGUAACAGUUUUCUUCCUCUUUCACACGCCUUGGUUUCUGUCAGGCUGGUCACAGGUUUUGUUAAAACAAGGGAUGUGCAGCAGAGGAAGCGCUCAUGGAGAACAGGCACUGGCCUCUCCUUGCUGCUGAGCCAGAAUUCCCCUGAAAAUUAUUGUCCACAGGUGAAAUACACCUGGGUUUAGUUGUUUUCUGGGAGGCUACACCAUCACUUUCAUGUGGCCCGUUUGAAAAUAAAGCAAACCAGAAUGGUAACUGCAUAGCUCUUGGCACUAGUCUGUACUUUAAACUGCUUUAUUACCUCAGUGUCUUGCACACCAAGCAGAUGGAGACAAUGAGGUAACUCAUGAAACUUUGUUUUUAACUACAUAGAGGCUUCAAGUGGGACAGGUAUGAUUGCCAGAAGGGAUGAUACUGUUCCCCUGCCACCCACCUAAAUUAGAAUGUGCUGUUCAAAUCGAAGCCUCACCUAUUUUGCUGCUUUGUUCACUUCCUUUUGGUUAAUGUGUAUUACUGGGCUCUCCAUAGCAAAGUUAAAAGUCAACUUUGCUAACUUCAUCAGAGAUAUUUCUUAAAAAGAUAAAAGUGCACCAUUCAGUUGUACCAUGAAGUUCACUUCCAAGAAAAUCACUGCUGCUUCUCACAGGUAGGUCAGACUGCUUUGAAAGGGGGCACUGUGAAGAUGCAUAGUUACUGAACUGAGGGUACAUGAAAAUCUGUGCAGAUGCAUUUAACAGAGCAGCCCAUUGUCCACCAGCUUCUCUCUUAAAAGUGAGUGCAGGCAGCUGCCCAAGCAGCUUGACUAGUGGCAUUUACAGCCUUCAACAGUGAUGGGAGGUAAGCUAUUUUUGUCAUAUUUUAUUCCAAAGAAGUAGCUGUUUCUGAGAAGGGUACAAGUCACAAAAAUCCAUAGUGAAUUUGUGUUUUGUGCCAGCGUGGUAACUUUAAGAAAUAGUAUGUGGCAGCAAAACCCUCUUUUCUUCUGUAACAGGAUUGUGAAUAAAAAUGUCAGUGUC